AAACUACAGAAGAACACAUAAACCCCAUCUCUCCAAUUAUUCCAAACCCCACACACUCUCACUUUUUCCUCUACGCAUCCCGAAACCCAACGCAAAUAAAUCCCUCUCCCCCUCCACCCUCUCAACCCACCAUCAAACAUACAACUAAACAAACCAUGCUAUCCCUUCAACCACUGCUACUUCUGCUGCUACUCCUUCGUAGCACCGCACCCAAAACCAUCUCAUACCCUGACUUCCAAUACUUGAACGUCAAAGAAGCAAUCGCCCAAACUGUAACUAAGCCUCUCAACACAUCCCAACAUCGACAACCCUUGUUCAGGAAUCACAAUGGCACACAUACUGACGGAAAAGGGAAGCUUCAACUACUGCACAGAGACAGGAUAACUUCCAACAACUCCAACCUUUUUCAUGCACGCAUACACCGAGACAUGAAGAGGGUGGCUAGCCUUAUCACUCGCCUUUCAGGUUCCGGCACCGCCACUUAUACGGAGGGGGACUUUGGGGCGGAGGUUGUUUCCGGCAUGAAUCAAGGUAGCGGGGAAUAUUUUGUUAGAAUAGGCGUUGGGAGCCCGCCAAAAGAUCAGUACGUGGUUAUUGAUUCGGGUAGCGAUAUAGUUUGGGUCCAGUGUCAACCAUGCACUCAGUGUUACCACCAAACCGACCCAGUAUUUGACCCGGCUAACUCUGCGUCCUUUAUAGGGGUUUCUUGUAGCUCUGCGGUUUGUGACAGAGUUGAGAACUCGGGUUGCCAUGCGGGUCGGUGUCGGUACGAGGUGAUGUAUGGUGAUGGGUCGUACACCAAGGGGACUCUUGCCCUUGAAACGCUUACUUUCGGGCGGACUGUGGUCCGAAACGUAGCCAUCGGGUGCGGGCACAGCAACCGGGGCAUGUUUGUUGGAGCAGCCGGCUUGAUAGGCCUUGGAGGUGGAUCCCUAUCGCUCGUGGGUCAAUUGGGUGGUCAAACGGGUGGUGCAUUCAGCUACUGUUUAGUGAGUCGGGGAACCGAUUCAACGGGAUCAUUGGAAUUCGGGCGAGGAGCAAUGCCCGUGGGUGCUGCUUGGAUACCUUUGAUCCGUAACCCACGGGCUCCAAGCUUCUACUACAUUGGGCUUUCCGGUCUUGGAGUCGGAGGAGUGAAGGUAGGCAUAUCAGAAGAUGUUUUCCAGCUGAAUGAAAUGGGAAACGGAGGCGUUGUAAUGGACACUGGGACUGCCGUGACAAGGCUUCCGACGGCGGCUUAUGCGGCGUUUCGAGAUGCUUUUAUCGCAGAAACAGGAAACCUUCCGCGGGCAUCAGGGGUAUCGAUAUUUGAUACUUGUUACAACCUGUACGGGUUCGUGUCAGUGAGGGUGCCGACGGUGUCGUUCUACUUUUCGGGGGGGCCAAUUCUGACACUUCCAGCGAGGAACUUUCUGAUACCAGUGGAUGAUGUGGGGACAUUUUGUUUUGCAUUUGCAGCGUCACCUUCAGGACUAUCCAUUAUAGGGAACAUUCAGCAAGAGGGAAUUCAGAUUUCUUUUGAUGGGGCAAAUGGGUUUGUGGGGUUCGGCCCUAAUGUUUGCUAAGUAGAUCAAGUAAUUAUGUAAAGGGAAUUGAUGGAAUUUUGCUAGUUGCUGUUAGGUACAAAAAUAUACAAAUAGUAUCAUUAAAUAAGAAUGGAUGUAUUGAGAUUAUGUGGGCUA